AUGCCUGCGGCGACCAGACCAGUCCUUCCACCUCUCCAGACUCCUAAGACGGCCUCCUUUCCCUCCGAAAUCAUCAACACUCCGGUCUCGUGCGUAUCGGCGGUGAUCAAGCAAGAAAGUCUAGGGACACCCAUCACGCCUCCAGUGGCCUACACCGAAUUCCUGAAGGCUCUGACUCCUGUCCUGGUUAGUCCUCCUGAGACGGGAGCCCUCCAGAGGACAAUGUCGGACGAAUCUACCGCUACAAGAGACUCCAUGACUUCAAACGCCUCUACAAGUUCGUCUUUCGAGUCCGCCACCAAGAGUGAGAACUAUAAAUCUCCAUCCAGCUCCAUUCCACCCACGCCCUACACACGCAAGAAUCCCAGCGCUCUGCGACGGCUUCGAAUUCCGCACUCACCCGCCUUUUCUCCCAGCACCUGUGGACCUUCGCCACGCACCGCCGUUAGCGGGAUGAGCACCGGCAGCAUGCUCUAUUCACCUUUCUCUCCAGCAGACUGGAACCUUGACAGUGCCACUCGGCGUUACUUUGAUGCACCGAGAAGCGCCUGUCCCAAGCCGGUGAGUGUACGAUCUGUGGUGACAAGAACGGUUACAUAUAAGAGAUCACCGCCUUUGGAUCCCGCGCCAAAAGGCAAGAAACGCAAAAUUGAAGACUCGGCAAUGCCUCCCCCUUCAACCACGAAAGACGCCGGUACCGUCUCGGUGACCAGCCUCCCCUCACAACUCAUCGAAACCUCCUCGACGGUCGCUAGUCCACCUCUGGAACUACCCGCCACCUCCUCGGCGGCCGUUGCUACUCCUCCAACAGCUGUUGUAUGA